AUGACAGACAAAAAGAACGAGCGAGUUUCGUCCCAGGACCUAGGAAGAACUACAGCGACCGAUGAGAUUUCCACCAGCGAGAGCGAUAUCGACCGCGAACUUCACUUUGUCAAACAUGGAGAGGCUCUCGCAGAAGCCUCUUCGAGUCAGGAUAGCAUUGAUGGCUAUGAUCCGGAAUUGAUGAGUGGGAGGACACUCCUUACGGCAGAAGAGGAGAAGAAGUUGUUGCGUAAAAUUGACUGGCGAUUGAUGACACUUUGCUCAUUGAUUUUCAUGUUCAAGAAUUUGGACAGCAACAAUGCAUCCAACGCUCGAAUCAUGAACAAGGGAACAGAUCAAAACAUCAUGACGCAACUGGGAAUCACAUCCAAUGAGUACAAUCUUGUGACUGUGCUUUACUAUGUCCCAUAUAUUCUGUUAGAGGCUCCCUCAAACCUACUGCUCAAGCGAUUCUCGCCUUCGAAAUGGCAGUCAAGGAUCAUGAUCGGCUGGGGGAUUGCUCUUAUGUGCAAUGCUGCCGUGAAAAAUAAGGGCGGGUUAUAUACGACGCGAUUCCUGCUGGGAAUGGCCGAAGCAGGACAGUUUCCCGGUGUCAUUCUCCAGAUGACUUACUGGUAUCGUCCGGAUGAGAUGUCCUUACGACUGCUCUACUUUUAUAUUUGUGGAAACAUGUCGGGUAUCAUCGGUGGUUUGCUGGCUUAUGCGUUUGACACCGUAUCUGGCGCAGGAGGACUUUCUGGGAUUGCAACGGUACUUUUCGGUGGUGUUAUCUGGUUUCUUCUUCCAGACUUUCCCGAGACAGCGAAAUGGUUGACUGAGAGGGAGAAGAAGUUUAUCCAGGCUCGGCUCCCAUCCAAUGCCCCCAGAGCCAGCGAGAAAAACUUCCAAUUGCGUGAAGUUGUUGCAUCGCUGAAAGACAAGAGAUUAUGGCUGUUCACGUUUAUUUGGGCGACCUUCACUGUUGGAACUAACGGUGUGACCUUCUAUCAGUCAACUGUCAUUGCAAACCUGGGUUACACGAGCAUCGCUCAAGCACAACUCCUCAAUAUUCCUAUCACGGUCUGUGGCCUCCUGUUUAUUGCGGGGACAGGCAUCACAGCGGAUCGCAGUCGGAUACCCCGGCCGUUGUACCCACUCUCUUUUCUUCUCAUUAUCAUAAUCUGUUAUGGCGUAUUUGUCGCCUACCCGAGCAAUGGCGCAAUAUAUGCGGUAACUUUGAUCGGAAAUGCCUUGACUGCAGGAUGGUACCCGGUGAUGUGGCCAUGGCGUGUGCAGACCACUUCCCGGGCCACCGGAUCUGCCUUUUCUAUCGGAUUUGUCAACAGUUACGGUCAAAUCGGGGGUGCUAUCGGCCCGCAAUUGUUUCAAAGCAAGUAUGCACCACACUAUACCGUGCCUUUCUCCGUGGCCAUGGGCCUUGUGGGAACCUGCGCGAUCUUGACUUUAGUGACAUGGUGGGUGACUUGGGACACUGAGCGUGACACGAGGCGAUUGAAAUUAGCCAAGAUUGCAGCACAAAGAAGGGGGAAACGAUUUUGGAAGAUGUUGUCGACAAUGACUUGA